AUGGUCGUAUAUCCGACAUCGUUGGUCGCAAACCUGUCCUCCUUGUAUCUUUCGGAUAGUGCUCUUUGGCUAUAUCUCACGCGUACACUGAGCGGGAUUGGGGCUGGGGGAAUCAGCUUACUCGUUGCAAUUAUUGUUAGUGAAUUGGUGAGCUUGAAAGAACGUGGGAAGUAUCAGGGUAUGGUAAGUAUUGCUAUCGGCAUGGGUGCUCUGGCUGGACCAUUUGUUGCCGGCAGUCUUGUCCAGAAGAGUGAGAAUAGCUGGAGAUGGGUGUUCUGGGUUCCAUCUAUUCUCGCAUUUGUAUAUGUGAUGGUGCUUGUUUUUCUAUUGCCUUUGAAGCCAGUGAAUGGUAGCUGGCGGGAAAAAGCAACAAAGGUUGAUUGGUAUGGAGUUUUAGCUUCUUUCACAGGUAUUGUUCUACUACUGGUAACAUUUCCUCAUCCGAUGAGUAGUUUCUGUUUGGGAUUUAUAGCUGAAUAUCAACUUGACAGAUUCCAAUUAACUCUGGAGUAUAUGGCCAUGGCAUGGUGCUUUGGUUAUUAA